GAAAUUCAUCAAGUGAAAAGUUCAUUUCCACAAACAUGGCGGCUCCCGUCAACAACAGCUCUGGCUGCUGGAGAGUCCCGGAGGUUUACAAACAUCACGAACAGCGGAGAGUGUGCAUUUCUCGACCAAAAUAUAGGGAAGGAAGAAAAGCCAAAGCAGUUAAGGUUUACACCAUAAAUUUAGAGAGUCGUUACCUGAUGGUCCAAGGAGUCCCAGCGAUUGGGGUUAUGACUGAGUUGAUUCAGCUGUGUGCCCUUUAUGGAGCUGUGGAGGAGUACAGGCCCCUGGACGAGUAUCCUGCCGAGGAGUUCACAGAGGUCUACCUCGUAAAGUUCCAAAAACUCACAAGUGCCAGAGCAGCAAAGCGAUGCAUGGAUGAGAAAAGUUUCUAUGGUGGUGUGCUGCAUGUGUGCUACGUCCCCGAAUACGAGACUGUGGAAGACACCAGACUCAAGCUGCAGGACCGGAGGAGCUAUGUCAUCCGGGCUGCUCAGAAGAGAGUGAGAGAAAGGGAACAGAAAGAGGACACACAAGAGGAGCCUUCUUCAUCAGAAACAACUACCAUGUCAGAUGACAACAUCCUCACACACAAACAGACCUCUGGAAAUGACAAUACAAGGGAGACUUCAAACGUCAGCCACUAUUUAGGCUUUCCUCCACUGCCAUUACCUCCCCAAGAACAUCAUUACCAUAGGCCUAAAAGUCAACAUUUACCGACAGAGGAUAAAAUGGGGACUUUACACAAUACCUGUGCUGGCACAUUCGAGCAGCGAGAAGGGAGUUCAAGGAGCAAACAGACCUUAUCGAGCAGACAGGCAGCACAUCAGGCUGCGGCAGUCAGAUUUCUUCCUCGGACCACACACUUGGAGAAACGGAAACGCAAAAUGGAAGAGGCUGAGGAGCCCUCCAGUACUGUUUCUGGGCAGAAUGAGCCUUUGAUUGGACCAAAACUACCAGAACCAUCCAAACUGGAAAUGGAGGAUGAGUCACUGAACACAACUGUCAGCCUGAUCAGGACCACAAUGAAGCAGGUGACAUCGAGUCCAGACAUCAAACCAGUGGAGAAGAAGGUCAAACCACGCCGUCGGAUUUGAUAGAGCAGGAUGUUUUAUUAUUAUUUUUUUUAUUAAACAAAUUUUGCAUCACAGCACCAUCUGCCAUUAAGGUUAAUAUUAAAGAUGUUUAGGCUGGGUAUGGAGUUAUGUGAUUUGUUUA